AUGACAAAGAAAAAGAAAGUGGAUUAUCAUCCUAGUCUUGUGUGGACAGAGAUAAUAUCGUUCAUUAAAGGAUCUGUCGAAGCACUUCAUAGUGACAGUGGUUACAUAACGUUGGAAGAAUAUCAGACCAUAGGAAACAAGAGGGCACCAAGUUUUACUGCGGAUCGAGAAACUAUCUAUGAAUUGUUUUUGGCUUACCAACGCAUUAAACGCCGUGAGGGUAUGUUCGAUGAAGCCGACGUGGUUCACAACAUUUAUCAUCGCCUCGAACAUCACGUCCCAGCAUGGUCUAUUCACGAGAUUUAUGUGGAUGAGACACAAGACUUCACUCAAGCUGAGCUGUCUGUUAUCAUUCGUUCAUGUCGUAAUCCUAAUAGAUUAUUCUUUACUGGAGAUACUGCUCAGAGUAUUAUGAGAGGAAUCGCCUUCCGCUUCAGUGAUCUCAGAUCACUUUUCUACUACAUGAAAGAUUCUGUUAAAUCUGUUGGCCAAGAAGCAGAAGUCGUUGUUCCUGACAGAGUUUACGAACUCACUCACAAUUAUCGAUCUCAUGCUGGUAUCUUGAACUUAGCUUCAAGUGUCAUUGAUUUAUUAUCUCACUUUUUCCCCGAGUCGUUUGAUAAAUUGGCGCGUGACCAGGGAUUAUUUGAAGGUCCUAAACCAGUCCUUUUGGAGUCGUGUAGUUUCAGUGAACCCGCUGUAAUUCUUCGUGGUCACAAGAGGAAAACUUCACCAAUAGAAUUUGGCGCUCAUCAAGUCAUACUUGUUGCUUCUAAUGAAGUUCGAGAUUUGCUUCGUCAACAACCCAUUCGUGGUCUGGUCAUGACCAUUUAUGAAUCAAAGGGUUUGGAAUUUGACGACGUAAUAAUAUACAACUUUUUCAAAGACUCGCAGGUAAGACCCGGCCGUAGGAGUGUCUUGCCUGUAGAAAGCUUCGGAUUGGUAGGGAUGCUGUACCACUACCUGAAAAAUACAAGGAGAUUUCGACCCCACUGGGCACACGACGUUUUAACGUUGAAAUUUGAUAGGAAAAUGUUGCGACGUCGCUGA